AGCCGGAGGCUCAGUCUAUGCCGUGCCACCCGACCAGUGCUGGCGAGGCUGAGCAAGAGACCCUUGCAUCUCAGCACCUUGGAGAACAGAGCAGGGGCUUCAUCCCAGUAGAGGACCAUGUUGCGGCGCAAACCUUCCAACGCCAGCGACAAGGAGCCCACUCAGAAGAAAAAGCUCUCACUUCAGCGCUCCAGCAGCUUCAAGGAUUUUGCCAAAUCCAAGCCCAGCUCCCCUGUUGUGAGCGAGAAGGAAUUUAACCUGGAUGAUAAUAUUCCAGAAGAUGACUCAGGUGUUCUUACCCCAGAGGAUUCUGGGAAGAGUGGCAAAAAGUUGGGAAAGAAGUGGAGGGCAGUCAUUUCCCGAACCAUGAACAGGAAGAUGGGCAAGAUGAUGGUGAAGGCCCUGUCAGAGGAGAUGGGAGACACCCUGGAGGAGGGUUCAGCCUCCCCAACAUCUCCAGACUGCAGCCUGGACAGCCCUGGACCAGAGAAGAUGGGCUUAGCCUUUUCUGAGCAAGAGGAGCGUGAACUGCCAGCACUCAGCCGCCAGACAUCCACAGGCAGUGAACUCUGUAGUCCUGGCCCAGGCUCUGGAAGCUUCAUGGAGGAGUCACCUGCUCCCCCGUACAUGGGGCCUUUCUGUGGGCGUGCUCGAGUCCACACAGACUUCACUCCCAGUCCUUAUGACCACGACUCACUGAAACUGCAGAAAGGAGAUGUGAUCCAGAUCAUAGAAAAGCCGCCUGUGGGCACAUGGCUGGGCCUUCUCAACGGCAAGCUGGGCUCUUUCAAAUUCAUCUAUGUGGACGUGCUGCCUGAGGAGGCUGUGGGGCCUGUGCGCCCCAGCCGCCGACAGAGCAAAGGCAAGAGGCCCAAGCCCAAGACUCUGCAUGAACUGCUGGAGCGCAUUGGCCUAGAGGAGCACACAUCGACCCUGCUGCUCAAUGGCUACCAGACACUGGAAGACUUCAAAGAGCUGCGGGAGACACACCUCAAUGAGUUGAACAUCGUGGACCCACAGCACCGGGCAAAGCUGCUCACGGCUGCAGAGCUGCUGCUGGACUAUGACACAGCUGGCAGUGAAGAGGCCGAAGAAGGUGCUGAGAGCAGCCAGGAGCCCGUGUUGCAUACAGUGUCGGAACCCAAGGUGGACAUCCCACGUGACUCUGGCUGCUUUGAGGGCUCAGAGAGUGGGCGUGAUGAGGCAGAGCUGGCCGGCACAGAGGAGCAGCUGCAGGGUCUCUCCCUGGCCGGGGCACCUUGAAGUGAAGAUGGCAAGGGCCAAGGCUGAACCCUGGCUGCAGAGACUGCGGGGAUGGGUGUGGCCUUCCACAGGAGCUUAGGACCAAAGGACUGGUACAGAAUCUGGCCCCGCUUCACCAGGGAGGCUUAUGGCCGAAGGCACUGCCAAGGGGCUACAGGCUCAGAUAGAGAGGACAAGGGACUGCCCAAAAGCAUAUCCCACUCCUGAACCCCUCCCUCCACCAGUGACUGACAGUAUGGCCCCUUCUGGCACCUCCCAUUUUCCCACUAUGGCCAUGCAAGUGGGGCACCAAGGGACUUAGCCAUGCCGCAUGACCAAGGUCCCCCAAACCUUCUUAGCCCCACACCACUGCCACACUGCUUCUAAGAAGAACACCAAAACCCACUGUUUCAAACCAAUCUCAUAGCUCUGGGAAAGCUGGCUGUUUCAAAGGACCUCAGCUGAAUAUAGGUGAAUCCAGAAUUCCUUAAAUGAGGCUACACAUACUCAUUCCCACUGUUCUCAACAUUUUAGAGAUUUGACCACUAAGUCACCAUGACACUUGAACUAUAUGCCUGCCCUUCUUUUGGCUUCAGCCUGGUCAAGAUUCAAAUGGGUCGUUUUGAGGGCUCAUCAGGCUGAUAGUCUGCACCUGCAAAUAUGUGCUCUCCAGCUGCCUACCAGCCAGGACACCAGUGGACUUCUUGAGGAGGCUGGAGGGGCCCCAGGCUUUCCAAUGAAAUAGCUCCUCCUUCUCAUCCACAUCAUAUCCUCCCAAGUGACUCAGACUCAAUGGCACCUUCUCCCAGCUUAAAACAAUGCCCACAUCACAUAUGAUACGUGUCCCCAAUCUGUUCCUUGGCCCCUUCAAAUAAGAUUUCCCACAGGCUGAUUGAAGAUGGUUACACCCAGCUUCCAAUGACACAACUUCCUCUUUGCAAGCCAGAUGCAGGUAUGGGCCCAGAUGUGGUCAUUUCUGUGGAUCUUUACAAGCAAAAGCCUUUUGCUUGACACUGGAGGCUCCACUAUACCCAACAUUGCUCUGCUAAAGGUUUUAGUACCAUAGCUCCAAAGGGUGGUGGGGAGAUCACUGCAUCUAUUAAAGGGCUACCCCCUUGAUUUCAGUAACAAGAGCAGCCCUUCCUGAUACAGGAUCAUCUGUGCCCAUGUGGGCAUGCUUCUGAUCAACUACCAGAAACUUUCAUAAAAUCUAGUUUUGGCGAAGCAGUUGAAUUAUUGUAAAUAGGGGAUAUUAGGGAAAGAAGUAGCAAUAAAUAGAAAUAAAACUUAA